CGCCUGACGCCAUGGCGUAGAGCCUAGCAACAGCGCAGGCUCCCGGCCGAGUCCGUUAUGGCCGCCGCAGCCCUGGGAAGUAUGAGGGGGCCCGCGCAAGCGAGGCUGCUGCCCGGGUCGGGCAUCCAGGCCCUGGAGGGGCUGGCGCGGCCGCUGGUCCUGGUGCUCCUGCUCUUGUCAGCCGCCAUGUGCAGUGUUGCAUCACAGACUGAUUCGCCAAGCCAAACUGUACUCAACUCAGAUGUUUCUACCCCAAAUAUGAAUGCUCUAACACAUGAAAGCCAAACCAAACCUUCUGUUUCCCAAAUCAGUACCACUCUCCCUCCCACGACAAGCACAGAGAAAAGUGGAGGAGCAUCUAUGGCCCCUCACCCCUCACCUACUACUUCUCUAUCUCAAGAGGAAGCUGACAACAAUGAAGAUCCUAGUAUAGAGGAGGAGGAUCUUCUCACGAUCAAUAGUUCUCCGUCCACAGCCAAAGAUGCUGUGGACAAUGGAGAUUAUGGAGAACCAGACUACGACUGGACCACCGGCCCAAGGGACGAGGAGUCUGAUGAGACCUUGGAAGAAAACAGGGGUUACAUGGAAAUUGAACAGUCGGUGAAAUCUUUUAAGACCCCAUCCUCAAAUGUGGAAGAGGAAGAUAGCCAUUUCUUUUUUCAUCUUAUUAUUUUUGCUUUUUUUAUUGCUAUUGUUUAUGUUACAUAUCACAACAAAAGGAAGAUUUUUCUUCUGGUUCAAAGAAGGAAAUGGCGUGAUGGCCUUUGUUCCAAAACAGUGGAAUAUCAUCGUCUAGACCAGAAUGUUAAUGAGGCAAUGCCUUCUUUGAAGAUUACCAAUGAUUAUAUUUUUUAAAGCACUGUGAUUUGAGUUUGCUUAUUAUGUAAUUUUAUUUGCUUGACUUUUUAUAUGAUAUUGUGCAGAUGUUUGCCAUAGGCAAUUGGUACUUAAAUGAGAGGUGAGUCUCUCUUUUGCCUUGGUGCUUUGGAAAUUAAAUGUCACAAACAAGGAGUAUAUAAUUUUCUAUCUAUACUUUUAGAGCUGAAUUUAAUCAGUUGUCCAAAAUGUGAGUUAAGUAUUAUCUUAUAUUACAUUGUUAGUUUUUAUUGUUUUAGAUUUAUUGUACUUCUUCUGGAAGUAUUAGUGAUGCUACUUUUAAACGAUCCCAAACUUCUAACUAAAUUCUAACAUAUGAGAUACUGCUGACUCAGAUUUACUUUCUGCCACCCAAAUACUAUUUUUUAAUCACACAUUUCUUUGUGGCCCUAAACUGUAAAGUACAAGGAUAUAGAAACAUAAGUGGAAUUCAAAGAGGCGGAGUUCUACCGCUGAGGGACAACUGUAAGCCAGGCAGGUUAGAUUCCUCCUAGACAGAACACUACCCUCUGUCACCACCCAAAUGGCAUUCUGAAAUAAAACACACUUGUAAAAUCAUAGAUUUUGCAUUUAAGUAAUGUCAUAGAUUUUGCAUUUAAGUAAUAUUUUUCCUUCCAAGAAAACUGCUUUGGAUAUUUUUAGAUAAUUUAAACAUAAUUCAUAAUUUAAGAUAAUGAAUGAUAUUGCUCAAUCUGGCCACAAUUUUAGGUAACACGUAAAAUGUGUCAAGACAGGGAGACACCCCUUAUCAACAAGGGUGCCUGAAUGAAACAUAUUUGUAUAUCUAAUCCUUAACUGUACCCCACAAUAUCAAAAUAAAAAAUAUUGAUUAAUAAAAAAAAAAAUGUGUCAAGAAAUCUUGGCAAUAGAGAUUCUGCAGCUUGCAGUGGACACAGGUUAAAUGUUAUAGAGAUAUUAUUUUUUUGUUUGAAUUACUGAAUUAAAUUUAGAAGUAGAAACUGGUAAAAUAUUAAAUACAUGUACAAUUGCUUUUAGUUAGCAAUUGAUUGUAGCAUGGACUCCUUCAAGGUUUCAAGCAAUGGGCAGAGAUUAAAAUUAUAUCAGAUUUGAUCACUUUGUUUAUUAUUUUAUAGUAAGUUUAAAUAAAUCGUAGAGGCCAUUAUCACUUAAAUAAUAUUGUAUCUAUGUCUUUCAAAUUAAAAUUAUAUCUGAAUGGAGUUAUUUGUAUACAUAAAGGACAUAUGUGUACAAUAACAUUUCCCCCCCAUACUUGUUUUAUUUUUUUUAAAACAGCAACUGGAAAUUACUGUAUUUCAUUUCUGUCUUUUUAUCAUAAAGGUUGAUCAGUAUGUACAUAUGUGAUUUGAACCAUGGUUGACUUAGCAAGUGUCCCUACAACUUUCUAGAAAACAACCCUUAAUAUAUGUUAUCCAAGGCCCAGGUGCACUGGUAGGCGUGUGCCUAUUGUAGAGAUGGGCGAAGGGCCGUCCAUCCUAAGUGGACAGUGUACUUUCCUAACAUGGAAGGGAAGCACAAUGGAAAUACACCUGAACUGUUUUAUUGCAGUAAUUUUUUUCAUAUCUGAAAUUGUAUUAUUUAAUAUUUUGAAUAAGAUUUUAAAAAAUAAAUGACAAAGGUAUAAAUCUA